UCCAGCCGACGUGACCUGCAGUGUCCUCCAAGAGGAAAAAGAAAAAUACACUCGAAUUGGAUUGUGAUAAACUAAGAACACGGGACAGCAGGCAACAUGGUCCUCGGGGAGGAAAUGAUCACGAACGUCGAACCAGACGACCAGGAAGAGGAAGAAGAGGUGGAGGCAGACUUAGUGGAUCCCCUGGAAACAAUGCGAGAAAAGUGUGUUGAGAUAGAGCACUGCGUCCUCACUCAGGCACGUCUGGAGCAGUGUGCGACCAGAGUGAACGCUCGCUCCUCCACAACAGAAGACUGCACGGAGGAGCUUUUUGACUUCCUCCAUGCUCGGGACCACUGCGUGGCGCACAAGCUCUUCCAUUCAGCUAAAUGAAGCCGUCUUCUCAUUGGCUGUGCCAGUGGCCCGUGCAAGAAGGAGAAUAUGCUUCUGAGUGCAUCUAAAAAUAUAUACUGUAUGUACAUGAAUAUGCUGUAUGUUGUUUUAUCUGUAUGAUUAUGUGAGGAAACUGAAUAAUUAAAGUGGAAUGCUCAAGA